AUGGAGAAGAACGACGGCAACGAAGAGAUCACCGCCAUGUUCAAGGAGUUCGACAGCAAGCACAAGGCCAGCAAGGCCUCCACCGCGUCAUCGCGCUCUUCCGACGUGAAGGACGAAGACUAG